AUGUGUGAAUUAGAUACAGUUCCUAAUAACGGGAUAAACAGUUUACAGAGUUUACCUCUACAGCGGCUCCAAACACAACUCCACCUCUACCCACAACUCGGGCUCCAACCACAACUCCAGCUCUACCCACAACUCAGGCUCCAUCCACAACUCCAGCUCUACCCACAACUCAAGCUCCAACCUGGGCUACAACAACUCAGGGCUCAACCACAACUCCAGCUCUACCCACAACUCGGGCUCCAACCACAACUCCAGCUCUACCCACAACUGGGCUCCAACCACAACUCCAGCUCUACCCACAACUCAGGCUCCAACCACAACUCCAGCUCUACCCACAACUCGGGCUACAACCCAACUCAAGCUCUACCCACAACCUCCGGGCUCCAACCCAGAACUCCUCUCCUACCCACCCACUCGGGCUCCAAACCACAACUCCCAAGCUCUACCCACAACUCGGGCUCCAACCACAACUCCAGCUCUACCCACAACUCGGCUCCAACCACAACUCCAGCUCUACCCACAACUCAGGCUCCAACCACAACUCCAGCUCUACCCACAACUCUGACUCCAACCACAACUACAGCUCCAGUCACAUCAACUACAGCUACAGCUACAACUAGUCUAACUCCAAUCACAGAAGCUCUCAACCCAUCUACUCUAACUCCUAUCACAACAACUCCAAUAACAGUAACUCAAACGCCUACGACAACCACAACUCCAAUUUCAACCACAUCCUUAACCACAACAACUGCAACAACUCAAACUCCAACCACAACUACAACUCCAAUUUCAACCACUUCCACAACCACAACAACUACAACCACAGCAACAACAACAACCACUCCAACCAUAACCACAACUUCUACUCCAACCACAACCACAACUCCAAUUUCAAUCACAUCCUUAACCACAACAACUGCAACAACUCAAACUCCAACCACAACUAUAACUCCAAUUCCAACCACAUCCUUAACCACAACCACUACAACAACUUCAACUCCAACCACAACAACAACAACUCCAAACACAACCACAACUUCAACUCAAACCACGACCACAACUCCAAUACCAACCGCAUUCACAACCGCAACAACUACAACAACUCCAACUCCAACCACAACUUCAACUCAAACCACGACCACGACUCCAACUCCAACCACAUCCACAUCCACAACAACAACUCAAACUCCAAACACAACAACUUCAACCUCCACUACAACAACAACAACAACAACAACAACUCCACCUCCAACCACAACAACAACAACAACUCCACCCCCAACAACAACAACAACAACAACUCCACCUCCAACCACAACUCCAAACACAACCACAGCUUCAACUACAACUACAUCCACAACCACAACAACAACUACAACAACUCAAACUUCAACCUCCACUACAACAACAAUAACACCAGCUUGUUUGGAAAGUAUUUGUAUAAAGUGCAGAGCAGGCAUCAUUAUAGGAGAAAAAGGACGCUUGGAAGUAGGAUUCAGUUGCACUAGAUCAGGAUGGAUGAAAAGCUUGGGCGACUGGCUCCGUAGAGUUCUCCAAGAUGCGUCUGACCUUUUCGAAACGUUGGGAGAAGCACUAGGAAUAAGAAGAAAACGCCCUGCCUCAUACUCAAUAACUGUGCCCGACAACAAUACGAUAGUCCUCUCGUCUUACUGUGGACUAGGUACCUCUAUGAUGGGUACUCCAACAACCAUUUACACGUACCUGGUGAACUACUACUUAUCUUUGAACACCAGCAGUGAUUCAGGGGUCCUGUGUAUGACCUUAUUGCUCGCCGAGUUUGUGGCUCUCGUGGAGAACGGGACGGUCAGCUUCCCCCCUAGCGACAUGCCUAUUCUCCAAAAUGACACCGAAAACGUUAUCGAGCAGAUAGGCAUUCUCUUGGAUGAAUUGGAUAUAUCUCUGUCAACAACAACAAGAACGCAGACUUCUGUAACACCCGACGAGGAGACUCCGCCGCCUGAGGCAAGAAGACCAAAGAGCAAAACGAAUCGUCUGUCUAUACAUAUCAUACAGAAUGUUGCUUUGCCAUAGAAGUGAAAACAAACUUUCCCUUCCAUCCAGACGGAGCAACAGGCAAACAAUGAAUGGACCGCAUUAUCUUAAGGGACUUAGGGAACUUGGACAAACCAGAGAGCAUUGGAAACCGCGUUUUUCAGCAGCCACUGAGCACCAUGUGUGCUUUUCAACAAAUCCUAUCAGCUUCCUGUGUGACUUUGAACAUUUUCCAUUCUCUAUCUUGUUAGAAAAAACUCUGGUAACUUUUAGUACCCUUAUUUAAAAAAGAAGAAAAACUUAAGUGAUUUUUAGUAGAAUUUUCUUAAGUAAAUUCAGCAUUUCCAAUCAAUUUUUUCUUAGAUGUUGGUACGAAAUCUUCAACUGCUUUCACAUUCUUUAUCACAAAAAAUUUAUCUAGUAAAAUUUUAACAUGUGAUCUACACAUCGACAAGGAGUACUGGAAACUUCAGUUCAAACUUUUCGACAAUAUGGUGAAAUCCAUGGAACAAGUUACGAAUAAAUUGGCUAGAAUAUCAUAGCAUUCAUUAUUUCCCUGACAAGGAGUGAUUCAUAUUCUGCCAUGCUUCAUAUUGUCCAAGACCAAAUUUAUGCUAUGAACAACAAAUCCCACGAUGUAAGAAAGAAGGGUUAAACUUCUGUUGCUCUCUGUGAUUCUGCUGUAAUUUAAACGCUUUCUGCCAAAAUUAGCAGCUAUAUUACAAUAACAACACUAGAUCACUUUUUUUUUACCUCCUAUUGCCUGCAAUCAAGUCAACUGUAGAAUAACUGUUACAUACAAGGGAUGGGGUUGUAACCUAAACCCUACACAGAAUCAUUGCAAUAAUGGGUUCUGAAGCCCAGAAAGACUUUGGCAGAUAAAUUAUAUGAGAGGAAGUUUCUACGCAUCAUUUUACAAGUUGCCCAAAAGUAUAUAAAUCAAUUGUGUAUACCCUGUACAAUAAUACCUCAUAUUAAGUUGUUUAUUCAUUCCAAGAUGCAUGUCUAAAAAAUGGCAUAGGUUAAAUAAACCCUUUAAAAAACUACCAAGACCCACUACAAACUCAUAUUAGCAACAUUAUAACAUCAUUAAUACUGUACAUGUAUAAUAAGUUGUUUGAUAGUGAAGUAUUUUGCUUCGUUUUGAAAACAAUAUAUAUUUGUACAAAUUAAUUUUAUACAUUGUAACAAAAUUUUUUUAUGUAAGUCACACUGUAUACAGCAUAAGCAAUCACUGAACAUUGCUAGUACUGUUAAUGUACAAUAAGCCGUUAGUAUGUUAAACAGGUAGCUGUCUUUAUAAUACAGUAAAUUUGUACACGUUAAUUUUAAAGUGUAAUGAAAAAUAAUCAUCCUGUAAGAAACAACUGAGUUUCGUAUUUUCAUAACUGAUGGGUGAAAGCUGGAACUACAUG